UCAACAUCUGGAUGACCUACGAAAACAAGUUGACGGAUUGAAGCAGCAGAUAUCGACGUUGCUCGGAGGCAAGACAGGCACAAACAAGAAGAGCAAGGAAGAUGACAUUGUGUCUAAGGAGCGUAUCUGCUGGUACCAUCGACGAUUCGGAAUCGAGGCAACGCGCUGCACAUCACGUUGCAAUCACCCAAAUGGCGACAGCGGCCGGCGUUAGGCGCCGCCUGUCGCGAGUUCGAGCACCAGCGCCUACUCUUACGAGAAACGCUAUGAAGGCGUCGCUCGAGAGCCUGAAGGUGGUUGGCUGACGCUGUGGAAGGACCCGGAGACAACGAGCAGCGCUCUCAAGCUGAAUGUGCGCUGCCUGUUCCUGGGGGGCCUCUGGUCCAAGUCCAGGGGUCCACUCUACCUGGCUUACAGCGCAUUCAUCCAGCUGUGCAGCUUCGCCUACAUCGCCAUGUGCAUGGUCAGCAUAUUCUCCGCGGAGGGCGACAUCAACGACGUUACGCUCACCUUGCUGCACACCUUCGAGGUGGUCUGUGGCGUUCUCAAAGCGGCCAUCUUCUACCUGAAACGGCACGAAUAUUACGAGAUCGUUCGCAACUUGGACGAACUCAUGUCCGCCCAACGUCAGUACUUAACUGAAAGAAAAGACGAAGAUCUGUUGAUGAUGCUGGAAGCAGCACACAAGAAAGCCAAUUUCUUGACGCUCGUGCUUACAGGGUACAUUUAUGGGCUAGUUUUCGUGUGGUUGCCAUUCCCUUUGAUACUCUGCCCUUCCGAAAGGUUACUGCCCUUGAUACCGCUACCAGGAAAAUAUUACAAGGAGCCUCUCUUGCUCUACAUCACCGUGUACGCCAUUCAGAGUUUCGUUCCGCUUUCACUGAUUAUGGUCGUGGACGGUCUCGACUGCUUCUUUGUGUCUUCGAUGGUACACACCGAAGCUCUCCUCAAAGUUGUGUCGGAGCGCAUCGCAUCUCUUGGGCACCUUCCCUAUACAGACUUCAGGAUGCAGCGAUUUUCUGGUCUGGAGCAGGAAACACGCAAAAUGGAUAUUGUAAACAACUCAGAUUGGACAGGAGAGUUGCGUUUGUGCAUUGUGUGCUAUCAAAAAAUCAUAGAGCUGUAUCAUUUCUUCGGCCGCGAGUGAUUAACCCAGCGAUCUCAGGUGCUGCAGUCAUGGACUGUG